CUCCUCCUCUCAUCUUGGCGGAACUGAGAGCCUCCACUUCUCUUCUGCUGAUCACUAAUCGCUCAGUCGCUUCAGCAGCGAGAGGCUUCUGGAGGAAACCGGCAGUAACACCUGCACCUGUGCUGAGGCUUCAUCGAGAGGAACUUCUGCAAAACCAAGCCGAGAGUAGACCGUGUUUAAACAUGAAGCUGGAUGUGCCUCUGCAUGUGCUGCUGUGUGCCAUCUGUUUCUGUGUCCUGCCGUCGCCCUCUGCUUCCCUUCAUGAGCCAGAUGAUUCAAAGCUUCUCCACGUAACCAUCCCCGUCACCCAUCCCGUGUUUGCGGUGCUCGGUGGCUAUCUGACUUUACCCUGCCUGGUGUCUCUGGCCCACCCGCCACCGUCCCCCUCCACCAAUGGCCGCCGUGCUGUGCUAUCUGUCCCCCGGAUUAAAUGGAGUGUCCUGAAUCAUGGCAAGGACACGGAGAUCCUGGUGGCCCGUGGUGACAGAGUGAGGGUCAGCGAGGCCUACAAGAAUCGGGCCUCACUGCUCAAUUAUGCCUACUCCCCCGCUGACCUCACUCUGCGUCUUGAGAGUCUGAGGCAUAACGACACCGGCUUUUACCGCUGUGAGGUGCAGCAGGGUCUGGAGGAUGCUGAUGAUGUGGCGCAGGUCAAGGUCAAAGGAGUGGUGUUUCACUACCGUGAUGCAUCCAGUCGCUAUGCCUUUACCUUUGAGCAGGCUAAAGAUGCCUGUGAGGACAUCGGGGCUGACAUUGCCACCCCAGAGCAGCUCCUUGCUGCUUACAACAGUGGAUACGAGCAGUGUGAUGCAGGUUGGCUCUCAGACCACUCAGUGAGAUAUCCCAUUCAGAUGCCUAGAGAGGGCUGCUUUGGAGACAUGGAUGGCCUGCCAGGAGUGAGGAACUAUGGACAAUUAGAGCCCGAUGAGCUGUAUGAUGUGUACUGCUAUGUGGAGAACAUUCAUGGUGAGGUGUUCCAUGGCUCCGCCCCCCAGCGGUUCACCUUCGGGGAGGCGAAGGCCUACUGUCUCAGUCAUGGCGCAGAGUUGGCCACCACUGCUCAGCUAUAUGCAGCUUGGAAUGACGGUCUAAAUCACUGCAGCCCGGGGUGGCUGGCAGAUGGGAGCGUGCGGUACCCCAUUGUCACUCCUAGAGAGCGCUGUGGAGGUGGUGAUCCUGGGGUCAGAACCGUCUAUAGAUACAGCAACCAGACAGGAUUUCCUGAGAUGCACUCUCGACAUGACGUCUACUGCUUCAGAAGUGAUAAUGGCCCGUACACAGAUUCCCCCCAGGAUUUAGCCACCGAGCCAGAGGAUAUUGGCCAAGAUAUUGUUUUUGUUACUACUACUGCUCAGGAGGAGGUCAGCAUGAAUGAAGCAACGUCAGACAGAGUCGAGGAGGUGCAACUUGCCCAGACUAUGAAUCCAACAAAGCAUGUCGCUGUGGAUGCUCACUCAGUGACAGUGUCGCAGUUUACAGUAGACCUUCCUCAGACUGUGACUCUUCCUCCUGAUCACCGAGAGCACAUGCCCACCAGUGAUACCUGGGAACCAGUAAAGAAAGUCAACCUCCCUGAGUCCUAUCAGCCAGGACCUGAAGAGGAUCCAGACACAGAUAACAAAGAUUCCAGCGUGCUUCCAUCCCCUUCUCCAAUCAUGGUGACUGCUGGUUAUUACACGAGUAUCCCCACAACUGAUGUGAUAAAUCCAGAAAAUGGAGAGCCCACGGAGCAUCAUAUUUCUGCGACUGAAAAUCCAGUCCAGUCCACUGUGUUAGUUGGUUAUGCCACAUCUGGAGCUGAUGAUUUGCAUCAGGAGAGUGAUUUUCCUGUUUUACAAAAAGACCACACACCUUAUGUCCACUUGGAAAAGGUUGCUGUAACUGAGCUCGUCUACAUGAGCACCUCUUCUGAUGUUUCAGGACAGCCAGAAGAAGCCAGCACUGAUGCUUCUGAGGAGAUAUCAAUGAUGAAAACUUCAUUCCACACUGAGAUAGAAGAUGUUCACUCCAUUACCCCGUGGCCACCUGUUGAUAACAGUACACCUGAUGAUUCUCCAGAUGAAGAAAAGCAAAAUUCUGUGACAGUCGAUUUGGACACCUCUGCCAAAACUGAAGUAGUCCCUAAGCCAAACCUUGGUUCAAGUUAUGAUCCUACUCAGGAGCACUCAGGUGUAACAGAGCCCUCCAUCCCAGCUGACCAUACUGAUGAGGAACUGAGUAGCACUUCAGGGGAGAUGGUAACAGAUGAUCUGGCAGAGCAGAGUGGACAUAUCCAUCCACCUGAAAUCUCAACUCCAGAGGUCACUUUCACAGAUGAUACAAGUUCCAGCAUAGAUGCUCCUGUCCUGAAAACUGAACCUGUUGUAUUGUUGGCAUCUCCAAUCUCUGUAAUGUUAUCGCCUCCUUCUGUGGAAGUUGAAGCCAGUUCAGAGAUAAUAACUUUUAUACCUGAAAGCAACACUUCAUCUGGGGCUGAGCCUUUGGAGGACAUUCAGGAUAAACUUGAACUGGAGGGCUUAGAAGAGAGCUCAGUAGUUUUCACAACCCAAAAUAUCACAAAUAUUCAACCAAAGGGGAGCGAAAAAGACACCAGAGAAGGAUCAGGUCAAUCGUUAGAAAAUCCAACUCUCUCAGUGGACAAUAAUUCAGUGGGAGUUAAUGGUGAUGCUGGCACAGAUGCCCCUUCUUCAGAGAUAAAAAUCACUCUGAUCCCUCAUUUAACACUCACACCCAAUUGGGAACCUGAGCCUUCUCCCGCCACACCGCAGGAGUCUCGGUCUGAUUGGGAAUAUAGCACUGAGCCUCCCGCUGCUACUGAAGAAUCUGAUGAUGCUUCGAAGGAGCAAGAGAUCAACACCAGCAGCCUUAAUGAACAUGGAUCACAUCGUGGUGAGGAGGAGACUGGGACAGAUGACCCUUCAGUUAAAAUAUGUACAUGGCAUCCUGAAUUGGAGACCUUCAGUUCAGCCCUCACCACAGACAGCAGUGAUGUGACUGUCAUUGGUCCCACUAUAUACCCCGUGAACUUUGAAGGGAGGGAACAGAUUGCCAUGGCUGCCUCCUUGCCUGCUGCCAAAGUUUCUGCUGCAGGACCAGGGGACUUUUCAGACUCCUGCUUGGAGAAUCCCUGUUUGAAUGGAGGCACGUGUGUUGACGGCGAAUCACUAAGGUGCUUUUGUUUACCCGGUUAUGGAGGAGACUUUUGCCAGACAGACCUGGAGACGUGUGAGCCAGGCUGGGAGAAAUUUCAGGGGUUUUGUUAUCAACAUUUUAGCAAGCGGCAGAGCUGGGAGGCAGCCGAGCAGCACUGUCGGUUGAGUGGUGGACAUUUACUUUCUGUCAUGACUCCUGAGGAGCAGGACUACAUUAACGACAAAUACAGAGAAUAUCAGUGGAUUGGACUAAAUGACAGAACCAUCGAGGGAGACUUUCGCUGGUCAGAUGGAAACCCACUGCUUUAUGAAAACUGGUACAAAGGCCAGCCUGACAGCUACUUCCUGUCCGGCGAGGACUGUGCGGUGAUGGUGUGGCAUGAUGGAGGCCACUGGAGUGACGUGCCAUGCAACUACCACCUGUCAUACACCUGCAAGAAGGGCAGCACCUCCUGUGGUGAGCCCCCCCACGUUCCCCAUGCCAAAGUGUUUGGGAAGCAGAGGUUGCGCUACGAGACCAAUGCCAAAGUGCGAUACUACUGUGAAGAGGGUUUUGUGCAGAAACUGAAUCCUGUCAUUAAAUGCCUGCCUGGUGGCCAAUGGGAAGAGCCUCAAAUUACCUGCAUGCCAACCCAUUCAAUAGAAGAAGAUGUAGUUUCCUCUCAUGCUGAGCAGCACGUGGAGGUCAUGGUUACAGCCACGGAGAAAGCAACUCCUCUCCCCUUGGACAUUAACCAGAAUGUUUAAAGCCAUCCUGCCUUAUUUAAAGAAAAAAAAUCAAACAUUCCUUCUCCUGUUUUCACACUUUCUUUGUGUCUUUUAAGUCAGUCCUGCCCCAUUGUAUUACAUUGAGUCAUUCACAUUAACAUCAUCUCAAGGCCACAGUUCCUAUAAUAAGGAACAAUUUUGGAAAAGUCCUAAUUUAAAUAUGUGUUUUCCAGUGCUAACCAAAGUGUUUGCUUAUCUAAAAUUUUGGUGCAGUUAAGGAAAAUCUGUUCAUUUCAUUAUUUGAAAAAGAAAAGUUUCCAAAUAUUCCAAGAAAAUAAAAGUCCAAAAGCAGUUUUUCUAGACAUGCAUGGAAACACCUGACUCUCAAAAUAAGUUUCUUAUGACCCUUAUCAAAAGAUAAAGUAGCAUCUUGCACAAAUUUUUAAUCAGUAGACAGCAUUUUGCACAACAUCUGUCUCCCUUUUUGGAAUAAAUGGGUUUAUGUUUGUUCAAAGAAUAUUCAAGUUUUUUUGCUGGGUUUUGUUUGGAAGAAAUACAUCCUCAGUUUUCAUACAGAAGGACAACUUUUAUGCAGAUAGAUAUCUUUUAUAUAUAAAACAAUCAUUUAGAAGACCAGAAAUCUAUGGUAUAAUUAGAGCAAUAACUGCAGAUUUUAGAGACAAUUUAGCUCUUGCAUAUAAAAAAAUGAUUUUUAGUCAGUAUUUCCUGAAAUACACCAAAUCAAGUAGAAAUCAAGAUGAUAGAUGAAUUUUUUUCCCAACUGGUAACAUGAAGUUAAGAGAUCAAUAAAUAUUUAUGAACCAGUAUUGUCAGCAUAGAACAUCAGUUAGUAUUACUGUUUUGAUGUGAUUUACUUUCACAAUCAGCCAUUCUGUAGCUGACCUGUGUUGUUGUGUUUUAGGUGAAGAUGGCAGACAUUUAAAUCAAUUUGUUUAAUGACAAUGUUGAAUUCUUAAAUUUGACUGCUGCUAUCACACACUGUAUUUUAACAUAUUUGUAACAAACUGCUGUUCAUGAUAGUUUUACGAGUUCCUGAUGGGUGUUAAAUGUACUGUAGCAAAGCGUGAAUUGAUUCUCAGCAUCAGCUGGUCUGACAUUCACUAAAAUCUGCUGUUCUUACA